UCGAAAGCAAUGUUUAUACUUGAUAUUACAAUUGUAUUUAUUCUUUAUUUUUUAAUUAACAUUAAUGAAGCACUAGAACGCAAUGUGUCAAGUGCCGUGAAAAAUAAGGAGCGCGUUAUGAAAGUUAGAGAAAUUGGUUACUUCUGGCACGUAGCGGAUGUCUUUUUUGAUCCUUACUAUUCAGUUUUGGGUUCGCCCGAGAGCGAUUGUCAUGUAGCCCCCAAACAAAAUUUUACACGAAAUUGUGGAUUUUUUGGUGAAUUCGAACAAUGUUCCUCCUUUGGUUUGGUCAAUUCGAUCGGCAGAAUGAUGAAUCUGAGAAGCAAGAAUAGAACAAAUUUUUAUAUAUUCACUGGAAAUGUUAGAUGCCCAUAUCAAAUUCAGAAUUCGCAAAUGAUCUAUGAGACCAUGAGAGCUUUUGUUACAAAUAUUCAAGAUUCUGGAUUGAAUGCCAGCAUUUAUCCAAGUUAUGGUUGGUACGAUUAUCAUCCAUUUGGUCACCAUCCCACGAAGUAUACCACUUUCUAUAGUAAAAUGAGUGAAAUUUUGAGAGAUCAAUGGGAAAGUUCGGCUUUUCUUCAAUCUCGCUGGAACUUUGGUUACUUUUCCUAUGUUCAACGGCCGUACAGUAACUUACGAGUAAUUGUCUUGAAUACUAAUUACUACAUAAAGAAGCAUGUAGCUAGUCAAUCGGCUGAUCCUUCGGGACAAUGGUCCUGGCUGAUUAAACAGUUAAGAGAUUGCCGUCUGAACAGACAAAAGGCCUACAUUGUGAUGUCUGUUCCACCCGGUGUAGAGGAUAUAGAGGGUGGAUUAUUCAGAACAAGCGAAGAACUUUCUUGGGCUCAGAAACAUAAUAAACGAUACCUCGGUGUUAUUCGUACAUUUUAUGACGUAAUCGUUGCGCAAUUUGCCAGUCAUCGCUCGGACACCUUUCGGUUAAUUUACAGUAAAUACGAGAAACUUAUUUCCUUCAUUCUAUUGUCUCCAUCGAUUCAACCGCAUUAUUCAAAUUUACCUUCGGUUAGGAUGUACAUGUAUGAUAUGAAGAGUACUAAGGUAGUCGAUUAUGUCCAGUAUUAUUUCAAUAUGAGUUGGGGCAAUGAUGAGAUGGAUAGAAAAUCGUCAGAGAAAUAUUGGAAAGUCAGAUAUAAUUUUAGAGACCAUUACGCACUUCCGGAUUUGAGUUUGUAUAGCUUAGAGACGCUCCUGGCCCGAAUGGCCAAAGGAAAUAUUUUCUUUAAAAGGUUUAUCAAAGCUACCCGUGCAAUGCAAUAUGGUGGAGAUAUUUGUUUCGGCCGAUGCAAGAUGGUCAUGAUGUGUUUAAUUACAAAUAUCGAAUUGACUGACUUUUUCGAAUGCAUUUCCGGUUCCAUUGCAACUAUCGAUGGACGUAUCGAAGAUUCGAACGAUUUACAUCAAUCUGGUCGAGAUUACAUGCGGAGAUAUUUAAGUCCGUCCGGAAGUGCAAUGCGAAAUACAAUUUCUAUUAUAUUACUGAUCUUUUGCUUUCUUGUUACAUGGGCAAUAAUAACAAGAAAAAUAUCAAUCUAACAAAAUCUCAUAAUCUCAUUAUUGGUGUUGAUAUUUUUUUUUUCUUAACAGUAAGCAAGAGGAUAGGAGUUUGAUAACCUAAAAAGAAAAAGGAAGUCAAAUCAUAUAUUUACGUGGGAUCAUGAAAGUCGAUAAGUCUUUUUUGAAAAAAAUAAAAGUCUUUUAGUACUGAAUGUCACGACAUCUUCUUUUAUCGCUAUGAUUGGGACGGACAAAUUUAUUGUAAUCCGACAUUCAUGUAAUCAGAACUAUUAUACAAGAUUUCUUUACAACCGAUUUUCUUAAUUUCCUUCGCAUUCAGUCUGCGACUACGGCAAGUCAGAUAAAUAAGUUUUUGUGUAGAAUUUUCAAAUAAUAAGUAAAACCACCGCGUCAUGCUGGACAUUAGUCCCUGAAGAAUUGCAUCUUUACGUUACAAUCAUAUUACUGCCAAAAUCAUGUUUUACUUUUUCCUACAAUAAUUAGAAG